AUGCCCAGCGCGAAAGACACUUCUGCUGGCGACAGCCGACCGCAACCAUCAUUUUACGAGCCACUCGCCAUUGUGGGGUUGGCAUGUCGACUUCCAGGAAACAUCAACAGUCCAUCGCAAUUCUGGGAACUGCUCAAACAAGGAAAGGAUGCACGCGGACCCAUUCCAGAGAGUCGCUACGCAUCAGCGAGCUUCGACGACCAUCGGAGACGUACCACUGGUCCAGCCACCACACCUGAAGGGUACUUUUUGGGACACGACCUCGAGCAUUUCGAUGCAGAAUGCUUCUCCAUGAACCGCACCGAGGCAGCACAUUUGGACCCAGUGCAAAGACAACUGCUGGAGAUCACCCAGGAAUGUCUAGAUAGCGCGGAUGUGAGUGACUCGUCAGGUCGGAAGAUCGGCUGUUUCGUAGGCACGUUUGGCGAAGACUGGCAGGAUCUCAGAAGGAAGGACACUCUUGACCAUGGACCAUAUCGGAUGAUUGGGUCGUCCGACUUUGCUGCCAGCAAUCGCAUAUCUUUCGAGUAUGACUUCAGAGGACCAAGUGUGACUUACCGAACAGCAUGCUCGGCAUCAAUGGUUGCUCUCCAUUCGGCGUGUCAAGCACUGCAGAUGCAAGACUGCGACGCAGCACUCGUCGCUGCCGCAAAUCUUAUCUUCUCCCCAACUAAUACAUCUGGUCUCGCAGACCUAGGAGCUCUGGCCCCGGACGGAUCUAGCAAGACCUUUGAUGCCUCGGCUUCAGGUUAUGCUCGAGCUGAAGCCGUGAGCGCACUGUAUGUCAAACGCCUUGACGAUGCCAUGAGAGACGGCGAUCAUAUUCGCGCGGUGAUCAGGGCCACUGCAUCGAAUUCCGACGGGCGUAGUUCAGCAUUCGCAAAUCCCAACCCGGACGCUCACGUAGAGCUGAUGAGGUCCGCAUAUGCAGCAAGCGGUCUUGCGCCACAAGAUACAGCCUUCGUUGAGAUGCAUGGGACUGGGACUGCCGUGGGCGAUCCAUUGGAGGCGGAGGCUGUGGCCCGGGUCUUUGGCGGCAGUCAAACCUAUAUCGGCUCCGUCAAGCCAAACGUAGGGCACGCCGAGGGGGCUUCGGGCCUGACGAGCAUUUUCAAGGCGGUCCUGGCGCUCGAGCACGGUGUCAUACCACCUAACAUCAAGUUCAAUCUACCGAAUCCGAAGAUACGGUUUGGCGAAGCUGGACUGAUCGUGCCUGUGGCACCGACCCCUUGGCCAGCACAUAAAGCCAGGCGAGUGAGUGUCAACUCUUUUGGGCUGGGAGGGAGCAAUGCUCAUGCCAUCAUCGAGUCUUGGUCUUCCAACAGCAAUGGUGCAUUGAACACUGCCGAGCCAUCGACUGGCUCACAUCUGAUAGCAUUUAGUGCUUUCCGAGACGAGUCCUUGAAGCAAAUGAUCGACCAGACAAGGGAGUAUGUCUCGAAGAACGCGGACUCGGAUGUGAAUGUUGCCUACACGAUGAACACCAGGAGACAGCAUCGCAGAAAACGAGGCUUCACCAUUUGUCGUGACGGUCAACUGAUCCACACACAUAUGGCUCCGGAAACGUUGACGAACCCAAGGGUCGUGUUCGUGUUCACAGGGCAAGGCGCGCUGUCCUUAGGUGCCGGAGCACAGCUAGCAGAACGAUAUCCAUCUUUUGACGCAGAUCUUGUGAGCAUGGAUCGUACGCUGCAGGCAACAUCGGAGCCUCCUUCGUGGUGUUUACGCAAAAUGGUUCGAGAUCGAUCCGGGCACGUUGCGAAAAUUACAGGAGUAAUCUCGCAGCCGUUGUGCAUUGCCGUGCAGAUUGCGCUCGUCAACCUGCUAGAAUCCUGGGGCACCAGGCCUGAUGCAGUAGUAGGACACUCUAGCGGAGAGAUCGUUGCAGCUUAUGCCAGCGGCGCUUUGAACAUGAAAGAGGCUAUCUUGAUGGCUUUCUGGCGUGGUCAGAGUCUCCCAGUAAGACAAUCUGAUGGCUCAAUGGCGGCCGUGGAGAUGAGCGAGGAAGACGUUCAGCCAUAUUUGAGUGAGCGUGUAUGUGUUGCCUGUGUCAACAGUCCCAGCAAUGUGACACUUUCGGGAGACAAAACUGCAUUGGCGAAACUUGUAGCGAAGCUGAAGCAGGAGAAACCGACUCUCUUCGCUAGGACGCUGCCUGUUGAUCAUGCUUACCAUUCUCAUCACAUGGAGGCGGCUGCCGAAGUGUACGCCAAGAAGCUGGGAAGCGAGAUCCGGCCGAAGAAGCGCAGCGUUCCCUUCUACUCAACAGUGCACGGCAGGUUGUUGAGGCCAGAAGAGCAUCUCGACGCCACGUACUGGACCAAGAAUGUGGUACAGGCAGUUUUGUUUGCUCCAGCAGUAGCACCGAUCCUCAAGGACCAGACGCGGCCGACAGUGUUCAUUGAAAUUGGACCUCACAGGACGUUGUUCAGUCUCGGUAUGCCAGUCGACCUCGAGACUCUCACACCGCAUGGACGACACUUGCACGACCUUCCCAGCUACCCUUGGCACAGAGAGAGGCUCUGGAACGAGAGUCGCAUCUCGCGUCAAUGGAGGAUGAGGCCAUUCCCGCGACACGAGCUUCUUGGUGUACCAAUUCUGGAGAACAAUGAGCUCGAGCCGACGUGGCGCAACGUCUUGCGCGUCAACGAGGUUCCAUGGAUAGCGGAUCACCAGAUUGAUGCGAAUAUCGUCUUCCCGGGGGCCGGGUACAUCGCGAUGGUCGGCGAGUGCAUGCGCCAGCUUGCAGGAGGGAACAGCGAUGCGUACACGGUCAAGGACGUGAGCAUCAAGAAUGCACUGGUAGUGCACGAGAACCAGUCAGCUGAGCUGAUCACGUCUUUGAAGCCCUUUUCGUGGUCAAAGAAUCAACCUUCCUCGGGGUGGGAGUUCUGCAUCUCGUCUUACCAAAACUCGCGCUGGACGCUGCACUGUACCGGUACGGUUCGGGAAGGGUUCGUCGAGAAGAGAGGGUCUGUACACUCGCAACGUUAUACGAGGGUGGUCGAUGAACAGCGACUUUAUCGAACAAUGGCCAAAAGUGGACUCAAGUAUGGACCUUGCUUCGCCACACUACGCAACAUCAGUGCAGAUGUACAUGGCAAGCGUGCCGCUGCGUCGAUAGCCACUGCAAUUUCGUCCAGUGACCCUGGUUCAGCGCAGCCAUACGCUGUACAUCCAACAAGUAUCGAUGCGAUGUUUCAGGCUUUAAUGGUCGCCGAUGUCAAAGGCCACCCGAGAGAUCUCAGUGGUAUCUGUGUUCCUGUUGCGAUCGCUGAGAUGAGCGUUCGACGCAACGGUGGAAAAUCAUCUACUCUUCACCUAAAUGCUGAUGUUGAGGCUCAGCGCAGUGAGUGGCAAGGUCUGCAUGGCUCCUUUGAUGCAUUCAAUGGAGCGAGCGAUGGUGCACCAGUAGUCGCAGUACAAGCAAGAGGUGUGCAGCUUGCGCAAGUUGGGGAACCGGCCGCGUCGUCACGGUUCGAGUCGAAUUACUCGUCAGCUGAAUUGGCGUAUCGACCUUGUCUAAGUCUCAUGAAAGCUGAACAGCGAGCAAGUCUUUUGAGGCCAGAAGCUGACAUUGCCGCGCUGCAAGACGAGCUUGAGCAAUUGACCCUCGACAUAAUCCGCCAGAGAGCUACCUUGCUGCGCAACAUCAAAGGCAAGACGCCAUCUCUGGAGAGAUACAGACAGUGGAUUCUCUCAGUCGCCGACUUUGACAACCAGGACGACGAGGCAGGUUGGGUGACAGUCCAAGACUCUCUGGACACGUCCGCUGUGAGCCCUCCAGCAUGCCAAAGAGACCAUAGCCAUUCUGCAGCGACCUUGAUCUCCAGAGUCGGCAAGAACUUGAUUGACAUUAUCGAGGGCCGAUCGUCUUUGCUGGAGCAUGUUCUGGACGAGACUCUGUUGGCAAUGUACUACCAGUGGGGAGAAAGGUUCGACUAUUCGAGAUUCAUACAGCUUUUCGCGCAUGAGAAUCCUGGCUGUCGCAUCCUGGAGAUUGGAGCUGGCACUGGUGGCACGGCUGCAAAGGUUCUUUCCCAUCUGUACGCCGCCAGUCCGAGCAAUCACCCGCUGUGUUCCGAAUAUGCGUACACCGAUGUUUCCGAAGGAUUCUUGACUACUGCGAAGGAGAGAUUCGCGGAGCACGCAUUUAUGACGUACCGGACCUUCGACAUCUCGCAGGACCCAGCUUCGCAGGGCAUCAAACUGGCCGAUUUCGACCUCGUCAUUGCCGCAAACGUCGUUCAUGCGACCGCGUUCCUACAAGGCAGUCUAGCCAAUAUCCGAAAAGUGAUGAAGCCAGGCGCAACGCUCCUGCUACAGGAGCUAUGCUCGCAGAAGAAUUCCACUUCCUUCAUCAUGGGCGGCUUCGCGGGCUGGUGGCUCGGUGCGGAGGUCGGAGACGCUGAACGUAUGACGAAGCCGUAUGUCAGUCCUGAGAGGUGGGACCAAGAGCUUCGAGCCGCUGGCUUCGGGAAUGGUGCCGAAAGUGUCGUGUUCGACAGCAAGAGUGAGGAGGCACAGCUCUGUGCGAUGAUAUCAAGCCGCUUCCUUGGACACCAACAAGCUGAAUCAAGGCUUCUUGCAUCUCUUGUUGUGGCGCCAGACCAUAACGACGAACUCAUCCAAAACGUUAGCGAGGCAUUGCAGCAGUCAGGAUUUUCUGUUGCCGUUUCAGCUCUCGGAAGCGUCCCAACGGGCGACUAUGUGGUGUCGCUGUUGGACAUGGCACCUCAACGCUCGGUUGACAGCGCGCCAUGGGCAGUCAGUGAGUCCAAAAGUGCAGAAGUCGACAGCUUCAGACAGCGCAAAGCUCUUAUCGUCGGUCUCCGUGAACGACAGCGAAUGGUAUGGAUCACCCCGGGAUCGAGAUCCACAAAAUGGGAUCCACGGCACUCGAUGGUCCUAGGACUAGCUCGUACUUUACGCUUGGAAAGAGACAUGGACUUCUCGAUCCUGGAAGUCAACGAUGAUGAAGUGGCUGAGCUGUCGAAAUGCUUGCCCGGCUUUUUGCAAGGUCAACGGCGACGACAGGACCGUGGCGAUAAAUUCUUGGAUGAGACGUCGCGAGACUAUGAGUACCGCCUUGAGAAUGGGCAUAUUCACGUUGGUCGCUAUCAGUGGCACUCGAUAGAAGAAGCAUUGGCCAGUGCAGCUUCACUGCCCAGCAAUGACGAGGAAAAUGUGAAUCGCCUCGCUAUCCGACAGCCCGGCGUCCUACAGAGUCUCGAAUGGCAGAAUCAAAAGCUACUGUCGCACAUAGGACCGGAUGAGGUCAAGGUCAAAGUUGCAGCGGUUGGGGUGAACUUCAGGGACGUCUUGACCGCUAUGGGCGUUAUAUCGAGCCCAAGCCUGGGCAUUGAAGCUGCAGGCAUAGUGACCGCGACUGGAGCAAAUGUCGUAGAUCUCUCCAUAGGCGAUCAUGUUGCGGUGCUGACCGAAGGUGCCUUUGCGACUAGCCUCAUCGUCUCGCGGUUGAGAUGUGCAAAGCUGCCGGAGUAUAUCGCUUUCGAGCAGGCGGCAUCGAUCUACAGCGUGUUUUGCACAAACAUGCUGGCUUUGCACUACGUUGCUAAGAUCGAUCGGGGCAUGACCAUCAUGAUUCAUUCCGCUUGUGGUGGCAUCGGCCUGUCUGCAAUUCGCUUAUGCCAGAACGCCGGCGUUGAGAUCUUCGCGACCGUGGGGAGUGCGGAGAAGGCCGAAUACCUACAGACCAGAUUCGACAUUCCAGCAGAUCACAUCUUUGGCUCGCGCAGUACAUCUUUCAAAGAUGAUCUGCUCAGAGCCACAAAUGGAAGAGGAGUUGACGUUGUCCUCAACUCGCUUUCCGGAGAGCUCCUGGACGCGUCCUGGGACUGCCUUGCCGAGUUUGGACUAAUGCUAGAGCUGGGAAAACGCGACAUGCAAGAUGGAGGCGCGCUACGGAUGGCCAACUUUUCGCAAAAUCGUGGCUAUCGUGGUGUCGAUCUCGCACAUGUCGUAGCUGAGCGGCCGGAGCUGUGUGCUAGCCUGAUGAAAGACGUUACCAAGAUACUCAAUAUGGGCCUCAUUGAACCUCUCGCACCGAUCAAGACUUAUGAGGCCGCGGAGAUCGAACAAUGCUUCCGCUACUUCCAGAAGGGCGAGCACAUGGGUAAGGUAGUGGUUACGAUGCCCACGAACGUCAACGAAGCAAGCAUUGUUCAGCCGACUCGAAGUCCUGGCGUAAGCUUCAGUGCCGAUGCUGGCUACCUCCUGGUCGGUGGAUUGGGAGGUCUAGGCCAGGCAGUUGCAGUAUGGAUGGCAGAGCAUGGAGCACGCCACUUUGUUUUCAUCUCUCGUACUGGGCGCUCCACUGCCACCGAUGCGUUCUUCGAGGAGCUGAGUGCAAUGGGCUGUGCUUUUGAUAUUGUGAAGGGAAGUGUGGUCGACCCUGAAGUUGUUUCCAAUGUUGUCCGCAUGUCGCGAAAGCCGAUAUCUGGGAUCUUGCAGAUGGCCAUGGAGCUUCAGGAUGUUACUUUUGCCAAUAUGUCCGAGCAGGAGUGGCUCGCUGCCACAGAACCAAAGGUAACGGGCACGAUGAAUCUCCACAAAGCGUGCUUGACACUGCCGACGCCUCUUGACUUUUUCGUCAUGUUCGCGUCGCAGAACGGCCUCCACGGGUGGCAUGGCCAAAGCAACUAUGCCGCUGCCAACACGUUCCUCGAUGCCUUCGCGCAGUAUCGGCGAAACCAAGGCCUUGCUGCUUCAGUCAUCGACAUUGGACCCGUCGAGGACAUUGGCUUCGUGAGCGGACGCAAGGAUGUCCAGUCCAAGAUGGCUCCGCUGUUCAGAUUCACGCCUGAGCAUGAAUUUCUGGCAGCACUCGAGCUGGCGAUCAUUCAAUCGACGCCUACAUCAACUUCUGCUCAGGUAAUUCCUGGUUUUCAUCCGAGAUCCGUAGGCGGUGCAGGCAGGGCUCCUUGGUCAGGCGAUGCCCGUUUCUCGGCAUAUCAGAACCUGGAGGAUAUCGAGAGGCGACGACAGGAGACUCGCUCUCCAGGUCAGGCGCACUCGACUUCGCGGUCUUCCAGCACAAGGAUGGCAGCUUUGUCGAAACUUCUGGCGGCUCCGUUGAUCGGUACCAUGUCCCGCCAGGAGGCCUUUGACGUCGUAGCACAAGCCAUCUUAGAGCGACUGUGCAUCACUACGGGCAUGGAUCUGGAGCCAUUGUUGUCGAGAGACAGCACUAGUAUCGGCCUCGUCAAGAUACAGGACGUUGGGAUGGAUUCACUAAUCGCAAUUGACUUCCAAAGCUGGUGGCGGCAGGUGUUUCGAGCCAAGAUCUCGGUGCUCGAGAUUAUGGAUCUUGGUACCAUUGGGCGGCUCACUGAGCGAGCUCUCGACCUAGUCGAGGCGGCAGAAGGGGGAAGUCAGGCACUAUAG